CUUCGGAUUUGUUUUCGUUAAACGUCAGCUUCAGCGGAAAGCAGACGAUGAUAGCACGACCUAGCCUCGGGACAUCCGACGCCGAGCAUAGGGAUAUGCCAGCUUGCAAACAGGCGACUGGUGGAAGAAAGCUACAUGGAUCGUGUUAGUAUUGGCUGGUGAGCGCACGUCGCAGGUUUUCGACGAGUUACGACCUUGGGGCGAUUACCCCGCACUGAUCGACAAGAGAUCUACUCGCGACUAACGCCGGGUCAACGUUUAUCUCAGGGUCGUACCGUGAUGACCGGAUUGCGGGGUAGACGCGAGCAUGGGUGGCAUGGGUGUGCGGUUGGCGUGACUCAGCCAUAGCGUAGGCGGUGAGAAUAGGAUGUUUCUCCCCUUUGCUUGUUAACCAUGACGUGGAGCGGGAAAGUCUGGCUUAUCACUGGUUGCUCACUCGGAAGUUUGGGACGACACAUCGUUGAAUCUGCGCUAGCCCGCAACGACAAGGUGAUCGCUACUGGGCGCAAGCUAUCAUCCGUUCAGGACCUGCAGUCCGAGUCGUGCAAGGUCUUGCAGCUGGAUGUCGACGAACCAUUCAGCGCGCUGCAGGAGAAAGCUAAAGAAGCAAUCUCGCUCUUUGGACAUGUAGAUGUUCUCGUGAACAAUAGCGGUUUUGGCCUUUUCGGAAGCAUCGAGGAACUCGGCGCCGAACGUUUCAUGCAUCAAUUCCAAACCAACUUCUUGGGCGUCAUGAACCUCACUAAUGCGUUCCUUCCCCACUUCCGAUCACGACGAGAUGGCACGAUCGUGAAUAUCGGGAGUCGUUCUGUGUGGCGAGACAAUGUGCCGUUCAUGGGACCCUACGUGACCUCCAAAGCAGCUUUGCACGGUUUGACAGGAGUCUUGGCCGCAGAGGUGGCGGCUUUCAACGUGCGAGUCUUGCUCGUUCAGCCCGGCGGCCUCCGCACUGGAGCGUGGCGCAACGCGCGGAAUCCACUCGACGAGUCCACGACUAUCCACGACUACGACGAGCUUCGCGAUCACGCGAAGAAGUUUGGGGCAUCCCAGGGCGGGACGGCGCUCGGCGACCCGGUCAAGGUCGCGAACGUCAUCCUCGACGUUGUCCGGGGAGAGGGCGUUGCGACCGGUCGGCCGUGGCCCGGCACGCUAGUCCUUGGUGAGGACGCGGAGAGGGACGUGCGCGCGAAGUGCGAACAGAUGCUAAGCAUGCUAGACGAGUGGAAAGACGUCGUGAGGUCUACCCGGGUAGACGAAGGGGCGCCGGAGAAAGUUGACUUUGCCUACAACAACAUCAAGUAGAUGCCCUCUUCAUGUCCCCGAGGUUGACGCGGUGCGGUUCCUUAUGAUUCAGGAUUGUGUUCGAAAGAUGUCAUGCAUUAGGCUCAAGAAUAUCUCGAGCAUCGAGUGCUAAGUGAGGAAGAAAUGUUACACGUGUUGUACAAAGGUCGCAUUGGGCAUACUGCCGACGUAGAAAGAAUCACUCGGGGCCGUCCUCCUUACCUUCGCUCUCUUCCGGCAGCGGUCCCACUUCCAUGGCAGACCCGAUGCUCCCGUGCCGGCUCCGAUUGCGCGCCAGACUCCCCGUCUCGGCCACCCUCGCCCCGCGCUCGACGCUCUCCCGCCGGCUUUGACUCCCGCUGCUCAUCCCGCCGCGGCUCGCGCUUCGUCGGAGGUUUCCCGACUCCGCCACGCGCCACUCCGCGCUGCCCCGCCGAGGGAGAGGGAUCCCUCGCCGCUCCACGGGGGAGGCUGACUGAUCUCGCGAGGGCGGGAAGUGGAACGGCGUCUGAGGUGAACCGAAGGAUGAUGACAGAGACGGAGGCGGGACGGAGGGAUAGGAUAGGAUUCGCGCGGGCGUGGCGGAGUUCGCGCCGGGAGGGGUGUUGUGCAGCGAGGCGGAGGAGGCGGGUGUGGUGAGCACGGUCCCGUUGCUCAUCAGAGACGCGGGAUUCCCGAGCGACGUGAGCAUGGGGGAGGUCACGGGAGAGAAGGGGAAUGGAGAAGGAGGAUGAGAAUCGGAGGAGGACGAGACGGGGGUAGUUGCCUCGGAGAGGGGAUUGCUGGGACGAUAUAUCCGCGAGGAUGGCCGCGGGAUGGGGACGCCGUUUAUGGGGACGCCGCCGACAGGUCGGGAGGGAGGUUGAGCUUGUGUUCCGGCAGCCGACAUGUUGGAAAAUGAGCGGCGGUGGGUGGGCUGUGAGUACGGGUCGUUAGGUGUCGGCAGCCCUAUGAGGUUGUCCACGGGCAAUCCCAGCCGUCUUCUGAGAUCAAUCAACUCCUCCCGGUAGAUGUCGUUGAGCCGUACGACGCGGAUGUAGUUGCGUUCGGUAUCGACCAGCCUGCUCCGUAACUGUUCGUUCUCCCGCUUCAUCGCGUCUAGCAUGGUCUCCGCCGAGGGUGGCGCAGUCGAGCCGGUCCAGAACGCAUUCCAUCCUGGUCCUGUCCGCGCGUCCGGGGAGGCGCUGACAGAACCGUUAGCGAUCGUUCCGUUUUGUUGUUGCUGCUGUUGCUGUUGAGCGAGUCGAAGGACCGUCAACUCCCGCGAGAGCCUGUUCACAUGCGAUUCGGACUCGGCCUCGAGCGCGUUCUCGAGCUCAAUCUUCUCCUCUCGCAGCUUCUCCAGCUUGCGCGAGAGGAGGUUGAUGAUGCGUUCCUCCUCUGCCUCGUAUGCAUUGAUGAGUUCUUCUUCCCGCUUGCUCGAGGUAGACAACCGCCUGAUGGGAGGAGAGACCGACAUGGAGAUUCGGGCAAUGGUGAGGGCCAAGCUGAAACCUUUAGAGGAG